GCUCAGAUAGUCAGCAGCAUGGAGGUCACAGCUCUCUGCAUAAGACUGUGGAUGGACAUGUUGGUCCUGCUGCUUGUAAGAGUUGACCACAGUUACUUUGCUCAGAAAGCUAAUGUUGCUUUUCCUCGUGUUCUUCCAGACAGACUGCAGUUUUUUGAAUAUGAGAAUGUCAGUGUGAUCUGUCAAGAGUUAGGUGGUUUGACUGAAUGGCGAGUGAUGAGGAGGCUCAACGAAAGAAGUCCAACAGAUUCUUACACCUGGCAGUCAUCAGCACCAUCCUUCACUAGGAAUCUCACCUUUAAACAUCACAGUGGAGAGUACUGGUGUGAAGAUGCAGAGGGGAACACAUGCAAUGCUGUCAUCAUCACCAUCAAUCCUGGUUCUGUGAUCCUGGAAGUUCCUGCCAGUCCUGUUGUGGAGGGAGACAAAGUGAGUCUUUAUUGUAGAAAGAAGGAUACUCAGUCAAAUCACAUAGCUGAUUUCUACAAAGACGGAUCCAAACUCGGGACCUGGUAUUCAAACAACAUGACCAUCCAAAAUGUUUCCAAGUCUGAUGAAGGACUCUACAAGUGCAGCAUCUCUGGAGCUGGGGAAUCACCACAGAGUUGGCUGACUGUUUUACAAGUAAAAAGUGAUGAAGGCAUGUUUAAUAACUCCAUUCCAGCAGCCGACGAAGAGACCCGACCUUCCAGUCCUUUCAAUCUGCCCUCCCUGCUCUGGAUUGUUGUGUUGGUGGCUCUGAUGCUGUUGGUGAUGGGACUUCUUCUCUGUAGGAAACACAGGGUAUUGGGCUGUUUGUCGUCUGGAAAACCAACACCAGGAUCGCACUCACCUGCAGAUCCUACAGAUUCAGGAGAGGACAGUAUCGCUAAUCAACAUCAUGCAACAUACGCUGUUGUCAAAAAACAAAGAAGAGAGAAAGUGUCUGAUGGUGACAAUGCCGGUGAUCCGGACCUUGUGACAUAUGCUGUUGUUAAAAAACAAAGGAAGAAGAAAGAGCCGGACGGGUCCGGAGCAGCCUCCAAGCAUCGUCUAACAGAUGACAGUGUCGUCUAUUCUUUACUCUACUUAUAAUAGGCCACAUAUACCCAACUGAAGGACUGAGGAGGUGGUCUGUUCAAAGCUCUACUUCUGUAUUUCAGUUAGGAAGUCCUACUGUAAAGUCACACUUUUGAAAUCAAUUACAAAGAACAUUCGGUGUCUUUCCGUUAUCAAUAUUGUAUCUUUAAUCAUAAAGUGACCAGUGAUGUAAUUUUCAAAAAUGUUUAAAAUCUCUUCAAGGUCUAUAAAACCAGCAGUGAAUUCACAGAAACAAAGUUUAUGUUGAAGUGGUGGAACAGCCUACACUAUUGUUCCUCUUCAUGAGAUACAUUUCUUUAAUGCAAUUGUAUCUCUAAAAUGUAACUUUACUUUAAAUGAAGACUAUAAUGUUAUUGCAGAUGUUAAAGGAGAUGAACAUAUUGUGAAAAUUCAGUUGAGUUGUAAUGAGCAGAGUGGGACCAGAGCAUUUACAGAAAAGAAGCUCUAGAGUGAAAGACAAUGCCCCCCACAAAGUCUACUGAAUAAGAGUAGAGCAUAAUGACAAAGGUUAUUGAAUGAAAGUAGAGCUUACUGAAAACAAAAGAAGAAAAAACAUGAGAAAGCCGACGAUGUGGUGUAUGCUAAGUGACCUAGUUUACAGUCAUAUUCCACCCACUGUACAUUGUCUGAAACCUUAAAGUAAUCACCCCUUCUUUCUUACUAUUUCACACGUGCUUUGUGUUUAAGUAUGCUAUGUUUGGUGAUUGCACCACUUUCGAAUAUAUAGCCGAUGACUUUAGUAUUACACUCUUAAAGUGUUUUUGAAUUUUGUAAGCCUUUUGCAUUCAGCAUUUUGCAUUUAAGUAAAGUUAAUUUUCGGUUACUAGGAUAAGUUAUUUUUCUGUUUUAUCUCUGUAUCUUUUAUGUUCUUACUGUAUGGAUAAAAGCAUUGUGCACCAAAAAACGUAUCAUGGUUUUAAACAUUGCAUUGGAACAACUGUCAUGAGACAGUUGAACGUAGCAAGCUAACAGGGGACGGAAAAUUGUGGUUAAGCAUUUAGCUGACAGAAAACUGUAGCUGCUUCAGUUCGAGCAUGCAUACGAGGAAGACAGGAUAUGUGGCCUCAUGCAGGUGGUUAUGACGGUUUUCGCCUCUACCUUGCUCAUAUCUUUUUUUAAUACACUUUGGUCAAGACGUUUGUAAGAUGGCUCCCUUGUCCCCCUCUCAGGACGCUGUAUGAUGUGUGUGAUAAGGGGAUGGCAAGUCAGUUCGUCAGAGGCUUUGCUACUUUUGCUCUUUUCUUGGAAAAUAACAUCAGGCCUACACUGUCUCCCUCAGAUGAUGAGCACUGAAUAACGUAAUGACAAUUUAAUUUUCAAUAAUGAAAGUGCAAUUUACACUUUGCAACGAUUUGGUAAAAUGUUGUCUGUAAACUAAAACUUGGUGCCUACUGAACUUGAAACCACAACCUGUCUCUACAUUCCGACAAUUGAACUGUAGUUGACAAGGGCGUUGGGAGAGAUCAGCAGAGAUUGAGGAUUACGCAAGGUCAAUGUGAAGCCAACUCCUAAAUUUAUUGUAGCAACUUAGAAACGCUAGGCAACAUUCUGAGUGACUGAAACUUUAAAAAGUCAUGCUACCAAAUUUUCGGAUUAAUCAUUUUUAGUUGAAUGAGCCCAGGCAUAAGGGUAUGUAAACGACUUAAGAACGCCCCCCUCCCUCUCAACUGCUAUAUAUUUUUUUCUCAUUGUUUGGCUGUACCAAUAUAUUAUCUACUGAUUGUUGAAUAAAAAAUACGUAAGAACCCAAG